CAGCUGAUUCUCCUGUAGCAGUGUGUUGUGGUUAUAAACUGAUUAGUAAACAUUUAGUGGUUUUGAUAAAAUUAAGUUCGAAAUUUCAUUCCAUUUCAAUUAAUUUCGUUUAAUUCUUUUUCUGUUUGGAUUUUUCACCUAGGAAACAUUCUGGCACUAGAAAUAACUAAAUAAAUGAAGACAGCUCAGUUUUAAAAAUGACUACUCUUGAUGAUAAAAUACUUGGCAUUAAGAAAGAUUAUUACUGUAGCAGUAGUGAAAGUGAAGAAGAAAAUGAAAGUGAAUCUGGUAGUGAUAUAGAAAAGACUCCUGAGAGCUGUAACCCUGUUGAACAACAUAAAGAACCAGUUUCCAAAUGGGAAGGCAGUUCAAAAAACACUGGGCCCAAAGGUGUCAUCAGAGAUUGGCAAUUGUAUAAACAAUUGGAAACUGAAAAGCGACUAGACUUGGACUUACAAAAAAUUGAGUUAGCCAAAAAGCUUACUUUGUCAAAUUCUCAAAAACCUGAUGAAGAUGAGGAUAAAGAUCUGUUAGAGUUAAUGGGUGAUGAUUUUCUUUUACAGUUCCAGAAGCAAAGAAUGGAAGCUAUGCUUUCUAGACCUAUUGAUCGUCCUUCAUUUGGAACCGUUAUAAGUUUAAAAAAUGGCAAUGAAUUCCUUGAUGCAAUUGAUAAUGAAAAUAAAUCUGUUACCAUCAUCAUACAUAUUUAUGAAGAGCGUAAUUCUGGUUGCAAAACUAUGAAUAAAUGCAUAGGAUCUUUGAGCAAACAGUAUCCAUCUGUAAAAUUCUGCAAGAUAAAUGUUUGUUCUGCAGGAAUGAGCCAUAGGUUUAAAAUGGAUGGUGUACCUGCUCUGCUUGUUUAUAAAGAAGGUUCUGUUAUUGGAAAUUUUGUCCGAGUAACUGAUGAACUUGGUGAUGAAUUUUAUGAUAGUGAUGUCGAAAAUUUUCUUAUUGAACAUGGAAUUCUAAAUGAUCCUUACUGUGUUCCAAUGAUAAUGCAAACUGAAGAAGAAAAUGAAGGAAGUGAUUGGAGCCUGGAGUAAUAUUUAUGAUAUUCAUGAUGUAAUAUUUUAUUCUCAUCGUGUUGUUUCUUAACACCAAAAAAUGUGUCAUAAUGACAUUGUUUUUGUAUGAUAAUCAAGAUCUUUUUAUUCAUGAUGUUUAUACUAUCUUCUAAUUUUAUAUAUGAAAUGCUUAGCACUUUUAAAAUUUUACUUUCUUGUUAUGGAUAUGCACUAUUUAUUUAAUAUGAUCAUGUGUAUUAAGUGCAUAAGAAUGAACUUCAUAGUUUAAGGAUGUUCAGAUAUAUAUUGCAAGAUCAUUAGUGGAGGAAAUGUAUCAGUGGGUAAUAACUGGAAGUUUUAUUACUAUUUUGAUUAAAGACCCCAAAAGGAGUUCAGGAUUGUGUCUGCUUCUUUAGGUAGAGCAUCAUCUCACUUAUUUUUCUUCCCACAGAUAAAUUUUUUAAUCUGUAUGAUAUCCAUUUCAUGAACAUUCAACAAUAUUAGUUGUCAUUGUUCAAUUUUUUAUGAAUAAUGUCAUAGUGCAUGUCUGUGUAUUGACUUAAUAGUGUAAGUUUUGUGUUUAUGUAUUUAUCAAUACAUAUCGUAGGUUCAUUGCAAAAAGUCAUUAAGUGACAUUUCAUAACCUCAAAUAAUUAAGAACUUGGAUGAAUUAUCUUUUGGUGAAAUCAGAAAAUGUUGCAUUUUGUGUGACUAUAUAUGAUAAAUAAAAGAGUUUGUCAUUUUCAUUUACGUUUUAAUUAUAGAUAAAUAAGGUUGAAAUUGACAAAAACAUUUUUGAAAGUCAACCUAUAUCAAAAAUGUACUUAGUGACUUUUUGCAACAAACUGAUAAUCUCUUUUCUUAAAUAAAUUGAACGGUAAUAAUUCCAAUGAUACAUUCGAACAUGAUGGGUGCGAAAAAGAUCAUAGAGCCUCAUUUUAUUAAAUAAUUUUGGUUUUGCAUUACUGACACGGUCAAUUUUUUUUUUUUUUAUCUUCUCAUUUGUUCCCUCAAUUUAAUUAAUCUUUUAUUUGGAUUCUUAGUUAUUGUUUUUGAUAGUCCGAUAAAGUACAUGGAUCAUGAUAAUCAUUAGUGGAAAAUGUAAAAAUACUGUUAUUUUGAUAUUUAACUAAAGAUAGAAUGCUGAAAGUAAUUUAAUAUAUAAUUUAUUUCUAUGGAAGCUCUAGGGAUUGGUCAUCUCCACCUAGUUUCUGGAAUGCUUGGCUACUUUCAGCAUUCAAUCUACAGUGAAAGUCUAAUGUCUUGUACUCAUUCCCCAUGUUGGUGUGAUAUUUUAGAACUAUUACCCUCUAAAUUUUUUACCUGUUUUUUUUUCUAUAAGUAAAACUGAAUGUUAGAUUGUAUAUUGACCAGAUCCUGAGGAUCAUUAAACAACCAAGCAUAUCCUAUUCUCUUUUUCUCAUUUUGAUUUAUGUUUAUGUGAGAUUUAUGAAUUAGGAUUAUUUUAUUUAGGUUUUAUCUGGAAGCAGGGACUCUUUUUUUAAAAUUUCUAAUUCUGUUUUAUAUACCUCAGAAAAUGUUGACUUCUAACUGUUUAGGAGAAAUCCUAAGACGGUUCUUUUCUUAAAUUAUCUGAUGAAAGAAAAAAGAAUUUCCAUAUUUACUAAAAUAGAUUAAUACAAAAUUUAAUAGAGGUGUGAGAGCUACUUUAAGUUACACAUAUUUAUAAAAAACUUAUAUUAUUCAUAUAUUUUGAUAUGUUAAUUUAUUUUAUUAUUAUAUAUUUUCAAUGAAAUAGUUGACCAUUUCAGCAACUGAUGGCGAUCUAGAAAGGUGUGGGGUUGUAGGUCGGUGAGAGGAGAUUAAAAUAAAAUAUACUGUACAAAGUGCACUAUUUUAUGUGAAAUAUUUCCAGAAAUAUAUUUUAUGUUUUUCUGGUCAAACUUUUAAUUUUGAUCAGCUUUUAUAUAUUUUUUUUACUAUAUUUAUUUGUAAUUGGUAAUAAUUUUAUAUUAUGCUAAAAAAUUUUGUUAUGUUUUUUAAUCCUACUAAGAUCUGUUUAGACAUUACACAAAGUAUGGGAAACACAAAUAUUUAAAUGUUUUUUCCUUAAGAUAGUGUUUUU